AGGAGAAGCAUCGGGCCUCCAGUUACCAGUUUCUCCUUCCCACUCUCCCAACUCUGUUGCCCUCCUCAGUGCAAACCCGCCGAAUCCCAGAGGCAGCUGUCCUGGCAAGCUGCGAGGCGGCCGCGGGUGCCCCCAACUUUAAGACUAACUGAAGCUUCGACCCAUCCUUGGGGGCGGGGGAGGUUUCAUAUGACGACUUCAGCGCCCUCCUGGGUUGAAUCUGGACUUAGAAAGCCGGCACAUAUCCGUCUUCUCCGGACUGGCUCCAAUCACAUCUGGAUCCCAAGAGCAGUGGUGUUCAGUGGAGCCCACGGGAGCUCCGCAGCCUCCUGCGAGGGGCAAAUUCCCUCCGUCCGGGGCAUUUUCCCCGCUUCCUCUGACUUUGUGCCCAUCGGCUGAUUUGGGUUCAUGGAGCUCGGGUUGUGGUUCCUCUUUGGACUUACUGUGACCUCCACUGCAGGGUUUUUGUCUCCCCCGGUGCCUCGUCCGGAGGCAGGGACAGCUGGAGGGGGCGGGGGCCCCAGGGUUCCUGAAACCCGGGAAAGCGAUGGAGAAGAGAAUGAAGCAACGAUCAGGCAGCUGAGCCCGACUGGGUCCGGACAGGACAAGGGCGCGAGCAGGUCCAGGGAGCCCAGGCGGGCAUCGGUGGGGGCAGGAGAGAGCCCUGCACGCAAGAGAGAAAAGCGCUGCACUUGCUACACUUACAAGGACAAGGAGUGUGUGUACUAUUGUCACCUGGACAUCAUCUGGAUCAAUACGCCAGAGCGGACUGUACCAUAUGGGCUCUCCAAUUACAGAGGCAGUUUCCGAGGCAAGAGAUCUGCAGACCCUAUAAGCAGGAGCUUACCACCAUUUAAAGGGCCACUGAAUAGAUGUUCUUGCACAGAGAAAGAUGAUGAUGCCUGCCUUCAUUUUUGCACCAGAACUGAGGACAACAGAAGUAAUUCAAGGACAGUAGAAAAACAUCAAGACAAAGAGAUGGAACAGCCUCCUGAAAAGUGGCCUUGAUAGCACAAAAGCUGUAUCAAUAGAGAUUAGUUGAAGGUAAGAAAAGAAGAAACAAGAAGACCCUUUAUCUCCAAUAAGAGAAACAAAUGAAUGCUUCAGGCAACCAUCAGAUUUCACCGUGUGGUGUCCCUGCAUUCAUAAUAUUCUAAAGAGAAGGGAAAACUGCUGAAGAAUUUUGCAUUCUGUGACACCCUGUUCUCCAACUGCUCCUACUACUGGGACACAUAGGAUUCAAAUUUCCAUUCUUCUCAGUCGAAGGAAUGAAUUUCACUCAGAAAAUUAGCCAGUUUUUUCAUCAAAAUGGCAUGUCCCAGUCCAAAGAGUAGCAAAAUAAAACUAGACAAGUUUCUCUAAUGGAUAAAAUACUCCCAGAUGUGCUCUGGAGGGCAAGCCAUCCAACAACUCUGGUUUCAGGCGGAAAGUUGCAUUUGGAGAAGUGUGGCAAGUUAGAAAGACACUCACUUGCAUCUAUACAUAAAUCACAUCCUAAAUAAGUAGAUAGAAAACUAUUUACAAAUGUAAACAAAUGUCCUUACUAUAAUAAAUGCCAAAUAUCUAUGCAGAUAAUACAGAAAAAUCACAGCUGAUAACUUGUAUCUGAAAAUAUAGCAGGCUAGCAUUCUAUGAAAUUAGCCACUUAGUAAGUUUUCCACAUAAGACAGGAAUCAAAUCUACCCUGGUGGUUAUGAUUCCGAAACUUGCAGUACUUAAUGUAAUGAAAUCUGACAAUAGCAUUACUCUUCAAAAGAAUAUAUCUCAAGGAUGAAAUUGCAUCUGGGGGGACAUUAAAACAAGCAAAUUAAUAUAUACAAUCUUAGAACUGUGCUAAGUUCCACAUGUAGCUCAUUUGUGUUUUUAACUGGCCUUUCUGUUUUCAUCUUUCCCAGUACAAAGGUGGCUCAUUGGAGAAUUGAUUUAAGUUCCCAGCAUGAGUUGUUCCUGGAAAACUGACUAUGGUGGGGGAGGGGUUGCUGGCCCAAGAUGUUAAAGUUCAACAUUUUGUUUUAUUCUGUUGUUGUUGUUUUUUUUAACAUUCUCUUGAGGAUGACUUCAAAAUGAACCUCCCCACUUUACUCAACCCCCUUUUUUUUGUAAAUUAUGUAAAUUCAUAUUUAACUAUAUGAUUGAAAAAAAAAGUAACUUGGAAUCAUAACUUGUGGCUUUGUCUGUUCUGUUUCCUCUGGAUCUCACUAUAAGCUUCUUUCACUCCAAACAUCUUAAAAUGUAAUUUGUAGUCCAUGAGAAGAUGUUUGGUGGAGGAGCUCAAAACCUGCUACACAGCACAGAUUUUGGAGUAGGUGCUGAAGUAGAGUGGAGAUAGUUAAUGUGUUGAGCAAAGGAGGGUUCGUCUUGGCUAAAAUGUUAUAUUCUAUAUGAAUAUUAUGUAAGUUAUUAUAGUUGUAGAAGUAAAUAUCUAUCACAAGUAAAUGGUAAGUUUCUGAUUUCAUAGGAGACUUUGUACAUUUUAGAGAAGCAGAUUAUUUAUUGUGAAAACUAUUUACUGCAACUAUUUCUUUGGUUGAAUUUUUUAAAAAGUAAAGUCUCUGUAUAUAUUUUAAGAACAUGUUUUGGAUUUUCCCCAAACUUAGUAAAAUACAAAUUAUUUUUAAAAUGCAUAUGUGCCUUUUGGCUAUAUGCUCUCUUUGGAAGAAAUUCUUAGUACUAUCAACACGUUAUACAUGGGAACAGUCAAAUGCCUAAUAAACUUUCCAAAUAUUA